GUUGCAUUUUUGUUUUCUUCUCACACUUAUUCCUCGUUUCAUUACCACUCACAAUAUCCUACACAGCUCUCACAGCACUUCAUCAUUAGCCUCUAUUUAAACCAGGGGUCAUUCACUUGUCGACAUGAUCGCAAACACACCUCGCGUUGCCCUCCGCUCAGCUCGAGCCAUCAGAGCUCGCCCGACACCCCGAGUUCGCCAGCCCCGAAAUGUACGCUUCCAGUCGAGUACUGGCCCCUCCAGUGGUCAAGCCUCUUCGGCUGGCUCAAGUAGUGCUCUCAUCGGGGGUAUCGCAGGAGGCACUGUCGCGAUCCUCGGUGGCUACCUCUGGUACUCUAUCUCUGGUGCCAAGUCAGUCGUCAAUAGCGUACAUUCGGCCAAAUCCUAUGUCGAUGGAGCUUUCAAGAAGACCACAGAAGCUGCCCCAGAGCCAAAUCAGGCCGUCCAAUGGCUCCGAGAGACCGUCACCAGCUAUACGUGCUUGAUUCCGGGCGCAUCGACUUAUGUGGACAAGGCGUUUGAGGACUUAGACAAGAUCAGAGAAAAGCAUGGAGACGAGGUGGAUAAGACCAUCAAUGAAACCUACAAUGAAUUAAAAGGCGUCACCAAGAAAGGAGUCAGCUUGGAUGCUCUUGCCGAGGGCUGGGAUAUCCUUCAGAAAUGCCUGAAACGUCUGGGAUCGCUCGCCGGUGACGCAGCGGAGGAUAUCCUUGACAACCACCCUCAGCUGAAGGAGAAAGUCGGCGGUCAGUUGUCCCAGUUGAAGCAAAUGGGUGAACAAUAUGGACCAGAAGCAAAGAAGCAGGUCGACGAAACCUGGAGCCAAGUCCAGGAUGUUCUGAAAGGAGGUUUCACUGCCGAUACUGUGAACAAGAUUCAAAAAUUGAUUCAAGAGAAGCGAGACCAGAUCAAAAAGUACGGUGAUCAAGCCUGGCAGAAAGGUCUCGAACAAGCCAAGCCCCUUCUCGAAAAGCAGCCGCAGCUGAAGGAGCUUGUGGAAAAGAACAAGGACAAACUUCUGCAAGGCGAUCUAGGUCAACUUUGGCAGAAACUGCAGGAUGCAGCCAAGUCAGGGAACACCGAUGACAUCCAGAAGUUCAUCAAGGAACAGACCGGAAAGGUAUCGAGCAAGAGCGGUAGCGGGAUCGAGCAGCUUCUUGGGCUCAUUCCUGGUGGCUCGGAGAUUAUGCCCAAAUUGCAACAGCUGCAAGAGCUGAGUCAGAAGCAUGGGGAUGAUGCUGAGAAACUGGUCAAGAGUGCGAUUGACGACAUCAAAAAAGUUUUGGCGUCCAAAGUGGAAGAGGGACAAAAGCUCAAAGACCGCGUUGAGAAGGAUGCGAAGUCGUGAGAUCACAACUGAACGUGUCGGCCGUUUCUAAAAACUGAGCAAUGACAUCAAUCCUAGCAUCAAUACAUUUAACGCUAAU